AUGGAUUACCUCUCGCAGCCCGGGUUCCUCAGCGUCAUCGCCGGCGUCGCCUGCGGGGUCUGCCUGGGCUGGGGCAUCCGCGGGAGGCUCCUGAGGCCGCCCAGAACGCCUGCGAGCAGCGCGGGGAGCGAAGCUGACGUCAUGGGGGAGUCGGGGGAGUUCAAGAUGGUGCUGGUUGUCCGCAACGAUCUGAAGAUGGGCAAGGGCAAAGUGGCAGCGCAGUGUUCGCACGCGGCUGUUUCCGCCUACCGGCAGGUGCAAAGAAGAAACCCCGAACUCCUGAAGCAGUGGGAGUACUGCGGGCAGCCGAAAGUGGUCCUCAAAGCGCCGGAUGAGGAGACUCUGAUCCAGCUCCUGGCGGACGCCAAGCACCUCGGACUCACCGUGAGCUUAAUACAGGAUGCGGGGCGUACGCAGAUCGCUCCGGGCUCCCAGACCGUCCUCGGUAUUGGCCCGGGACCAGCUGACGUGGUAGAUAAAGUUUCUGGUCACCUAAAACUCUUCUAA